AUGAAGCUCUCACUUCUCGCUACUAGUCUUGUGUCCACCUUUCUUGCAGUGACGGCGACCCCUGUAAGCCGGCAAGCAAAGUCUGCCGCCUUCUUUCUCGCGGGUGAUUCUACGACAGCCGUCAACGGUGGCUGGGGCGAUGGCUUCGUGGCCAUUCUGCAGAACGGAGCUAUCGGCAAGAAUAAGGGGCACAGCGGUGCUACGACGGCUUCAUUUGUCGCCGGGGGCGACUGGGGAAAGGUGUUAGAUUUGGUCAAGAGCAACAAGGACAAGUACGACUGCUACGUGACGAUCCAGUUCGGGCACAAUGACCAGAAAUCUACCUCGGGCGUCAGCAUUUCUGCCUUCCAGACCAACCUUCAAAACAUGGCCAACCAGGUCAAAACGGCCGGCGGAAUACCCGUAAUUCUGACAUCGCUUACGCGUCGCACCUUUACCAACGGCCAGCUGGACGACAGCCUUGCCAACGUGUCCGAGGCGGCUAAGAAGGCGGCAGCGGCUGUCGGCGUCGCAUUUCUCGACCUCAACGCCGCCUCGAAGAAGUACGUUCAGGCCAUUGGCUCGUCCAACGCCGAUAAAUACAACCUCGCCCAAGGCGACCGGACUCACCUCAACCCACACGGAACUGACGUCUUUGGCCGCAUGGUCGCCGACCUCAUCGUCGGCUGGAAAUCGGCGCUCUCUACUUACAUCACUCCUGACGCUGCGCUUUCAGAGAAGAUUGCGCAGGGUGUCUACGCUUGA